AUGGUCUCCGCUUCCUCGAUCCUCCUGCUUGCCACCGCCGCCUCGGCCGUCCUCGCCAAUGACUGCGCCAGAGGUGUUUCUCAGUGCGCUACCUGGUACGGUGAGGGCCAUGACGGCGCUCCCUCGCCUUCCAAGGCUCACCCCGGUGCCUGCGACCUUGGCUAUCUGCCCUCCAACCCGCAAUACUUUGUUGCCCUCAGCCCCGCUGACAACUGGAAGCGCAACUGCGGCCGCUGCAUCAAGGUCACUCGUGGAAGCAAAUCCGUCGUUGUCCCCGUCGUCGAUGAGUGCCCCGAGUGCAAGAAAGGCCACAUCGAUCUGUCCUGGACCGCUUUCUCCAAGCUGGCUGCUACUUCGCUCGGCAACGUCGCCGUCAAGUGGUCCUACACCUCGUCUUGCGGCAGCCACGGCACCCGCAGUGGCCGUUCCAAGUCCAAGUCCUUUGCCGCUGUCGGCGACAACUCGACCAUCAUCACCGAGGCAUCUGAGUCGUCCGAGACCGAGACCGAGACCACCAACAGCGCUUGGCAGCAGUGCCCCCAGGGCCAAGACAGCCAGACCUACGACUGCAAGGAAAACUCCCUCUGGGUCUGCGAGCUCGGUCGCUGCGAGUGCCAGCAGGACUAUGCCUACGACUCGGACACCGGCUCGUGUGUCUCGGCUCCUGGCGUCGAUGACCUCCAGUACAUCCAUGUUGCUCAGGGCCAGAAGGGCUUCCGCCUCUAA